AGGUUGAUGGAUGCUGCGUUGGUGCAUUGAUGCAGGUUCUCGAACACAGGUGAGACCUCUACUGCCCUCAGACUUGUGGUUUGAAAUCUACAGUGUGCUGUGUGUGAUAUCUAUCCUGUGGGCCUGCGGCUGGAGGGUGCCAGGUGGGUUGAAGGGCCGGCCCAGGGUCGCUACUAAUUACCUUAGGGCUCCCCGAGUUGGGCGGGUAGGAGAACAGCAAAACAGCCUAGAGGUCCACAAAAUGGGCGUGGGCUGAGCGGACAGCGGUCAGUAGCUGAUGAGUAGACCCCUCAGUCCCUUAGAGUCAGG